AUAAAUCCCAUCGUCAUGAUCCUUAGUUCCUUACUAACCUUUCUUCUCCACUGUUACUGUCUCUCCUUUUAUGUCACACUCUCCUUCCCUCCCUUGCGCAGCGACAUCAAAACCAUGAGUGGCGGCGGCGGGUCUGUUAGGGUUCCGAUUCCCAGCAAUGUACGAAAAAUUAUCCAGGACAUUAGGGAGAUCACCGGCAAGCAGCACAGUGACGAUGAAAUAUAUGCUGUCCUUAAGGAAUGCUCUAUGGAUCCCAAUGAGACGGCCCAGAAGCUUUUGUAUUUAGAUACUUUUCAUGAGGUAAGAAGGAGACGAGACCGGAAGAAGGAGGGCUUGAGCAGCCGAGCUUCUAUGGAUUCUAAGCCAAAGCAAGGUGGCCAAGGGAGAGGAGGAAGGGGUGCUUCUGCGGGCUACUCCUUUAAUUUUAGUGAUGGUAAUGGUGCGAGGAAUGCUGCUAACCGUAAGGAAAUUGGAGUCAAUCACAUUGUAGAGAGAAGUCAUGCACCCUCUACUCAGCUUGCUUCACAAAAAACAAAAAGUAAUGGUGCAUCACACAGCACAAGAGUUUCAGCUGUUGCACCUAGUCCUGCAAAUCAGUCCAAUGGGAGUGCUAGUCAUGGUUUAGCAGGCCAAUUGCUUGUGGGGAGUGUGAAUGGAAGUCCUUCUCUUAAUGACACUGGCAAACAUGAAAAUGCCCAACCUCAUGCUGUAGUCGCUGCAGUAUCUCCUCUUAAUCAUACUUUUAAGUCAGUUACCAGAAUUGACCAAGGAAAGUCCAUCUCGAGUUCUGACCAACUUCCAGAUUCUGCUCCUUCUGUGCCCAUUGUUCAUUCUUCUUCUGACUUUCUACUGGCAUCACAUAUCUUGCCAAACCCUGCUGUUGACGUUGCAAAUGAUAGGGAGGUUGGAAACCAGCAGUUAGCUGAUGGGCUGAUUCAUGUUAAUGGAAACAAAGUUGCUCUUCAUGAAGUUGGUGAAUUACCAGCAUCUGAGAGUGAAAGAUCUGGGUCUUUGAAUUCGAAAAACAAUAAGAAAAUCCCAAACAAGUCAAAUGAAGCUGAGGAGAACCAGUUAUCUGGGGCUGCACAGUCCUCCCCCUCUUAUAAUGAUUCGAUGAGAACUUCCAGUCGUGGUAGCCAGGCACCUCCAGAGGUUUCAACUUCUGAAGUCUGUAUGCAAUCAUCCGAUGAGUUGAGGCAACAUGUUAUUGUUACUUUUCCAAAUCAUUUCCAAGUACCUGACGCUUUAAAAAGUGGUCUGAUAUUUGGAAGCUUUGAUUCUGAUUUCGAUAAGAGGGAGAUGUUUGGCAGAACUGGCGGUGACAAUAACUCUUCAAAUGCUCUUCAUUCUCCUCAAGCGAGUGACAAAACUGCUACUUCUAGUAAUCAAAGUGCAUCAUCAACUGCACCAGCAGAUGAUCCUGAUUAUACACAUUCUUCGUCUUAUCUAAUUGAGAAGCCAUUGGUUUCAGAAGUUAAUACUGUCUCUGGUGCUGAACUGAAGGCUGAUCAGCCAAAGCAGGAGGUAUUAUUGGCUCCAGUGGGCACGCCAAUCCCAACUAUUAUGAAUGGUCAGAGCUAUGGUUUAAAUUUCAUGUCCACCAUGUUAGCAACUCCGCAAGUUCAAUUGAAGGGAGCUGAGCCUCAGGGACAAGAAACAACUCGCCUUCCAAACUAUGUUAGUGCAAAUUCUCAUUCUGUGUCUAGCCCUAGCCCAAGCCCAACACCACCUCUGCAUAGCUCUUUACCUACUGCUCCCCAGUCAAUUUCUUUCUUCAGGCCACCGUACCCUCCCAACUUUUUCCCAUAUGGCCCUUAUUACCCCCCAAUUUAUGUGUCACCAAUACACCAAUAUUUAAACCACAAUGGCUUCCCUCAACAACCAUCAACCGGCAACAUCUAUGUACCUGCUGCAGCUGCUGGUGUCAAAUUCCCUCUCCAACAAUUAAAGGUUGGAUCAAAUGCUGGAAACACAGCCCAUAUUGGGAUUUCUCCCGGAUCAUUUAUCUCUCCACCUGUUGGAUAUGCACCUAAUCAGACAGUGAAUUCAGGUAACUUGACUGGAAAUGAAGAUCUUGCCUUGUCGCAGUUAAAGGAAAAACAUGUCUUUACAGCUGGACAACCGAGUGAAGGUUCUGCUGUGUGGAUACCUGCUCCAGGCCAAGAAAUAUCCAGCUUGCAGCUUAAUUCUCUUUAUAAUUUUAACCAUCAGGGACAUCUUAUGUUCCCCCCAACUCAGGCUGGUCAUGCUUUUGCUGGUAUCUAUCAACCAGGGCAGACAGUACCUUCGCCUUCAACCCUUCUGCAACAGUCUCAGUCUGUCACUGGAGCAGUCGAAACUGUAGGAGCCCCUCCUGUUGCUUAUCAGCAGUCUCAACAUGCGCAGAUGAAUUGGAGUUCUAAUUUUUAGGCUCGAAGCAUUUCUAGGUACCAUAUGUUCAAAAGCACGUUUAAUGUGAUCAUCUCCAGGUAGUAUGAAGCACAGGCCUGAUCUGAGUGUAAAUAAGAAGUGCGGCCAAAAGAGGGACAAUAUUCAGUAAUAUCUUAAGUUGGAAUAAACAACACUAACGAUUUUGAGGGGUGCUAGUUGCAGGUUUCCUUCCUUUUGUUUUUAAGAAAAAAGAUUGGUUGAGUUAUUCCUUACCUAAUCUUUUGGCCCUUAGAACAUUUGACUGUUGCUAUAUGAAACCUUGUACUUCCUUCCAAGUGAUAUUAUAGGAAACCAAGAGUUUGAUAGAGUAGGUGAGAUUUACCAAAUUUUCCUUUCUAAUAUCUCACCUGUAUAUUACAUUUUGACUUAAAGACAUUGAAUUAUACAGUUCAGUUUAGUA